AAUAGAAGCCCGGGCCGGCUUGCGAGGGGCGGAGUCCCAAGAAGGCGGGGCGGGCGGAGGCCGAAGGACCCGCGGCGGCGGGACCCGGGCGCGGGAGCUGGGCCUAGGUCUGCGCCCUGGCAGCCGUGUCUGUGUGUGUGUCUUAGAGAAGUAGGGCCCACUGGGAACGAUGCCACCACCAUCUGACAUCGUCAAAGUGGCCAUCGAGUGGCCAGGUGCUAAUGCCCAGCUCCUUGAAAUUGACCAGAAACGGCCCCUAGCAUCCAUCAUUAAGGAGGUUUGUGAUGGGUGGUCGUUGCCAAACCCAGAGUACUACACCCUGCGAUAUGCAGAUGGUCCCCAGCUCUACAUCACGGAACAGACUCGAAGUGACAUUAAGAAUGGGACAAUCUUACAAUUGGCUAUAUCUCCGUCCCGGGCUGCACGCCAGCUGAUGGAGAGGACCCAGUCAUCCAGCAUGGAGACCCGGCUGGAUGCCAUGAAGGAACUGGCCAAGCUCUCGGCUGACGUGACUUUUGCCACUGAGUUCAUCAACAUGGAUGGCAUUGUUGUGCUGACGAGGCUCGUGGAAAGUGGAACCAAGCUCUUGUCUCACUACAGUGAGAUGCUGGCAUUCACCCUGACUGCCUUCUUAGAGCUCAUGGACCAUGGCAUUGUCUCCUGGGACAUGGUUUCAAUCACCUUUAUUAAGCAGAUUGCAGGGUACGUGAGCCAGCCCAUGGUGGAUGUGUCAAUCCUUCAGAGGUCCCUGGCCAUCCUGGAGAGCAUGGUCUUGAACAGCCAAAGUUUGUACCAGAAGAUAGCAGAGGAAAUCACCGUGGGACAGCUCAUCUCGCACCUGCAGGUCUCCAACCAGGAGAUUCAGACCUACGCCAUCGCACUGAUUAACGCACUUUUUCUGAAGGCUCCUGAGGACAAGCGACAGGACAAGCACCUUAAUCCUCUAGACCUGCCUGUCACUGAUAUGGCCAAUGCAUUUGCACAGAAGCACCUUCGAUCCAUAAUCCUGAAUCAUGUGAUCCGAGGGAACCGCCCAAUCAAAACAGAGAUGGCCCAUCAGCUCUAUGUCCUUCAAGUCCUGACCUUUAACCUUCUGGAAGAAAGGAUGAUGACCAAGAUGGACCCUAAUGACCAGGCUCAAAGGGAUAUUAUAUUUGAACUAAGGAGGAUUGCGUUUGAUGCUGAAUCUGACCCUAGCAAUGUUCCUGGGAGUGGGACUGAAAAACGCAAAGCCAUGUACACCAAGGACUACAAAAUGUUGGGAUUUACUAACCAUAUCAACCCAGCCUUGGACUUUACCCAGACUCCUCCUGGAAUGCUGGCCUUGGACAACAUGCUGUACUUGGCUAAAGUCCACCAGGACACCUACAUCCGGAUUGUCUUGGAGAACAGCAGCCGAGAAGACAAACAUGAAUGCCCAUUUGGCCGUAGUGCCAUCGAGCUCACCAAAAUGCUCUGUGAAAUCCUGCAGGUUGGGGAACUACCAAACGAAGGGCGCAAUGACUACCACCCAAUGUUCUUUACCCAUGACCGAGCAUUUGAAGAGCUCUUUGGAAUCUGCAUCCAGCUGUUGAACAAGACCUGGAAAGAGAUGAGGGCAACAGCAGAGGACUUCAACAAGGUUAUGCAGGUCGUCCGAGAGCAGAUCACGCGAGCUUUGCCCUCCAAACCCAACUCCUUGGAUCAGUUCAAGAGCAAACUGCGUAGCCUAAGCUACUCUGAGAUUCUAAGACUGCGCCAAUCUGAGAGGAUGAGUCAGGAUGACUUCCAGUCCCCGCCGAUUGUGGAGCUGAGGGAGAAGAUCCAGCCUGAGAUCCUUGAGCUGAUCAAGCAGCAGCGCCUGAACAGGCUCUGUGAGGGCAGCAGCUUCCGAAAGAUAGGGAAUCGCCGAAGGCAAGAACGGUUCUGGUACUGCCGAUUAGCACUGAACCACAAGGUCCUGCACUACGGUGACUUGGAUGACAACCCUCAAGGAGAGGUGACAUUUGAAUCCCUGCAGGAGAAAAUUCCUGUUGCAGACAUUAAGGCCAUUGUCACUGGGAAAGAUUGUCCCCACAUGAAAGAGAAAAGUGCUCUGAAACAGAAUAAGGAGGUGUUGGAACUGGCUUUCUCCAUCCUGUAUGACCCUGACGAGACCUUAAACUUCAUCGCUCCUAAUAAAUAUGAGUACUGCAUCUGGAUUGAUGGCCUCAGUGCCCUUCUGGGUAAGGACAUGUCCAGUGAGCUGACCAAAAGUGACCUGGAUACCCUGCUGAGCAUGGAAAUGAAGCUGCGGCUCCUGGACCUGGAAAACAUCCAGAUUCCUGAAGCACCGCCACCAGUCCCCAAGGAGCCCAGCAGCUAUGACUUUGUCUAUCAUUAUGGCUGAGCCUGGAGCCAGAGACCACAGUACCCAGGAGGGAUUUGGGCCCAGGAGAGACACUCAGCUCUGGUGCCUUGUCUUUUGCUUGUACAGAAACUACAGUGAUGGUGGUGGCCAGUAAAUGCCAGCCACUCCUCAAACCCACCUCAGACCACACAGAACUUCUUCCUGGUCCCUGCCUACUAGGAGUCAUGGAGGCAGGGUGCUUUGCCUUCCCGUCACCGCAAAGCCUGGGAUUGGGCCAUGAGGAAUGAAUGAUAGGUGCCCUGCCUUCCAGCCUAGAAACUGUUGUCUUGAACUGGGUUUAACAGCAGCCACCCACCUCCCUUCCUGAGGCUGCUCUUGUUGGCUGGAUCCCAUGUGAGCCAGAGAUGGCUCAGGAAAAACUGCCUGCAGAGGACAGGUAAUCCGGGCAUGUUGAGAGCCUUGGAGUGGCUGCCUUUGGGUGGAUCUGAAUAUAGGCCUUGUGCCUUUGCUUUGUCUUCUUCGUGAGGGCUCACUCUAGCCUCAUCUGGUGCCAAGAUGUUGCUGCUUCUGAGGUUUGGCUCUAACAUCUCUGGUCUCCAGAGCUAUCAGAUCUCUCUUGCCCAUGAAGGUAUCAGAACAGAUGGAUGUUCCUCCAUACAAGCUCUCCGUCUCUUCCUGGCCAGGCAGAGACCUCCAGUCCAAGUCCUGCCCUCUUAGUUUCAGGAACACUGCAGGGAAAGCCCCGCUGAGGCCUAGGUCAGGACUGACUGUGGUCACAGGAUUCCCCCUGGUUGCCCCUACGUUUAUCUUUCCUUCCUGGAGAAAUCUCCCACUGGCUUGAACUGCAGCCCCUCCAGUUUGUUUUCCUUUGGCCUCCAGACUGUAGGAAGUUUGCCUUCCCUUCUCUCCUUCCUAGUGCUGUGGUUUCUGCCACUGGCCAUGAUUUCAGGGAGCUGGCUGGGGUCAGCCAAGGCCACAGCUGUGCUACGGGGCUUCCCUGGUGCUUCAGCACUUGAACCACAUGCACAUCCUCUCCCCUUGGACCCGUUAACACAGUGGCUUUCAGUAUUGAUACCCUGGCAUGGUAGGUACUACCCAAUGAAGAGUGUACUAUAUAUUUUCUUUACUAUAGGCCAUACUUAUACAGACAUGUAUAUAUAUUUAUAUAAUAUCUACCUAUCCUAGGACAAAAUGUUUGCAGGGCUGUAAAAUGGGGGAAAAGUAACACACCCAAUUGUGAGCCAAGAGUAACCAGAGAAUGGCCAGGAGCUUCCCAUCAGUAACCAGGUUUUCAAUAAAUACGCUUUCAUGUACAAA